UGCGCGGCAGCGGCCUCGCGCAGAGUCGCCUACAGGAAUCAUUAUUUUUAGCGCCUGGCUCGUGUUGCAGUGUCGGGGUCGCGAGAAGCUUUUCUCUCCAUCUCUGUACCACAGUUGGAGCUUGACUGUGUGCACGAGAGAGCUACGCAACGCACUGACUGCUAUGGUUCCAUAGACUGAGUGAAGUUACAGGGUGGUCGACGUUUGAAAGCGAGGAGGAGGAUAGCAGACUGACAGAGCGGGGAGGGGAGCACCAACACAUCUAGUCCCUGUACCACCAGCGUCCGAUACACACACCGGUCCCCGUUUAACAAACAGCCAGGAGAUGGCAAGCCCCACAGCAGGUCGAGAUGUCCCGGAUGCUUCUCCUCGGGACGAGCCGGAGCCGUCGGUACAGCCUCAUCCCGAACCAGCCUGUCUGGAGGCUCAGAAAUGGAUAGAGGCUGUAACAGGGAAGAGCUUUGGAGAAAAGGACUUCCGCAGAGGACUGGAGAACGGCAUCCUGUUAUGCGAGCUGCUGAGUGCGAUCAAACCAGGGCUGGUCAAGAAGAUCAACAGACUGCCCACCCCCAUCGCCGGGCUGGACAACCUGUCAGUCUUCCUGCGGGGCUGUGAGGAGUUGGGGCUGAAGGGCGCCCAGCUGUUCGACCCUGGGGACCUACAAGACACUUCCAUACGAGCUAACCUCAAGGACUCCGACUGCAACCGCAAACUCAAAAAUGUGCUGAACACAUUGUACUGGCUUGGGAAGGCUGCCAGCGGCUGCGCCUCCUACAGCGGACCUACUCUCAACCUCAAGGAGUUUGAAGGGCUUCUGGCUCAAAUGAGGGUGGAAAGUGAUGAAGGUGGCGACGGCUCACAGAAGCGCAGUGUGAGAGACAGCGGCUACGACUGCUGGGACUCUGAGAGAAGUGACUCACUCUCUCCACCACAACACACUCGUGACAACUCCCUAGACAGUCUGGACUCCUUUGGCUCCCGCUCACAGCACAGCCCUUCUCCUGAUGUGGUGAAUCGAGGCAACAGUGAUGGACGAGGCAGCGACUCGGAUGCUGAUGCCCCCAGCAGAAGGCCAGAUGUGCGGAAGGAUGACAUGUUGGCCAGACGGACAGCCAGCAGUGAAUCAAGAAGCUUCGUUCCCUUCAACCAGUUUCUACCCAACCGAACCAACACCAGCUGCUACAUCCCAGCUCCACGCCGAAAACCACAUACAGAGGAAGGAGAUCAGCGGAGGAUGAGCCGGAGAGUUGCUUUUAUGUCUGAGGACACUGAGACCGUGAGCAUGAGUGACAUAAUUAACGAGGAAGAGGUGGGACACUUACCGCCCCUGAGCCAGUCACGAAACGAGCGCAUGCAUGAGCAGCACAACAACUUUCAGGAAGACGACGACCACUGGCGAAACGACUUGGCUCGCUGGAAGAAUCGACGUCGCAGUGCCUCACAGGACCUGAUCAAGAAGGAAGAAGAGAGGAAGAGGAUGGAGAAAAGGAUGAAGGAGGAGGGAAUUGACAGCAACAAGAGGAAAAGCAUUAAAACCUACAAAGAGAUCCUAGAGGAGAAGGAGCGCAGAGAAGCAGAGUUGUGUCAGGCCUACAGGAAUGCAGCGACUCCAGAAGAAGCUGCCAUGGUUUUACAGCGCUACGCUCUUCGAUUCACCAUCAGUGACGCAACACUGGACAGCCUCAAACUGCCCAGGUCCACCUCAAAUAUCAAACAGGAACAUAAUCAGGCGGACAAGGAGAAUAAAUUGACUCCCACUAUUGACGAAACAUCAGAACCUCCGCACAAACCAGAACCACUUGUAAUGAAAGAGCAGAGGCACACAGAGCCUGAAGACAUGGAAACAAAAAUAACUCAACGAGAGACGUCUGUUUCGGUCUCCUCCAGCUCCACGUCAGCUGGCAGCCCCCUCAGCCCCGUCACAAUCUCAGAAAAUGUCCCCUCUCAGUCCCUAAAACUGAAUGAGCCUCGAUCCAAACCGACAGAGUCUCCAACCACUCAACAAAAACCUCCGACUUCAGAAGAAACAAAGCCUCAAACAAAUCACGCUCGGCCUCAGAUUGUUCAGGUGCAGCCUCAUACCACACAGCCCACAUACACACUCCCUUCCCCUCCACCUGUCUUCCCCCGACCCGUCCCCCUGCUGGCAGCAAAACCCUACUGCCAGCCCAGGAACACACAGUCCGGACACAAACCUGUCAAGAUGGACGGGUUGGUGCGAGUGAAUGGAGAUUUGCCGGAAGGUUCACCUUGUUCCACUCCACCUGCCUCUGCUCUGCCCUCGCCACUGAAGGUCAAAGAUGUUCCCUCAGAGAAGAAGGAGGAAGAAGUACUCUCCAAACAGACGGAGAAAGACGCUCCCUCAGAAAAAAUUUCCACCAAUCACGAGAAGGUUGAGCAUACGGCUUCUCCACAGAGAGAAAAGCCGACCACGUGUUUAGGCUCUGCCAUCAGCUCCCUGAUUGGAGGCAGAAACUCUACCACCACCACCAUUAUUGUGACCGAGCUCACACAAUCACAGCCACAUCACCCAGAUGUCCAAAGCAAUGGACAGGUCAACACUACCUCUGGGUUAUCCAGUCCAGUGGAGGAGAACAAGUCUCAGCCGACUACAUCAUCACACAGCAUGCAGGAUUAUUCUCCCACUGUCACAGAGGGUCUUGAGGAGAGCAGUGUGACUAUUGAGACCCCCAUGUUGAACUUGGCUAAACGUGUUAAUCACUGGGUCUGGGACCCCAAUGAGGAACGUAAACGCCUGGAAAGUUGGCAACAGGAGCAGGAGCGCCUCCUUCAGGAGCAAUACCAGAGAGAACAGGAGAAGCUGAAGCAGGAGUGGGAGAAAGCUCAGCUGGAGGUGCAGGAGGAGGAGAGAAAACACAACGAAGAGGAGAGAAAGAUCCUAGAGGAGACGGUGGCACCUUUAAACCCCACCAGCUUGUUAAACCAGCAGCCGCUCGAGACAGGGGCGACUUCAUCAGCUCCAGAAAGCAACGCGAUGGAAGAAGGAAGCGCUUCUCCACAGCAAAAUGGCCAAAGAAGGGAAGGGACCGACGACCAGCAUGUAUCCAAGCUGCAUUUUAUCCAGGAUUCCCCAUGUGAUGGUGAGCCUUCAAAGAAACAGGAACUAUGGAAGACAGCCUCUCUGGACCGCAACCCCCAGCUCAACCAGGCACAGUUUGUCAAAAGGUCUGAAUCACAUGAUGCUGUAACAAGCACACAGCAGGCCCCCCCUACAUCACCUCAGCCUCCCUCACCCAGCAGGUGUGUGAGUGGGAGGAGACUCUGUUCUGGUUGUUCUCAACCUCUGGGAAAAGGAGCUGCCAUGAUCAUCGAUACACUCGGACUGUUUUUCCAUGUACAGUGUUUUAAGUGUGCAGUGUGCGAAGGCCAGCUGGGGGACGCUACCGUAGGAACUGAUGUGCGUAUUCGAAACGGACUGCUGAGCUGUCAUGAGUGCUAUAUCGCAUCUCGAGGCAGAGGUCAGCCCACCACACUUUGAUGACCUGGAUGUGACCUGGAACCCCUCACCAUCCCCCGUCAGUGAUUCGCUGGAGAAGAAUUUUAGAACCUUCACAUUUGGGACUUUCUGGAAUACUCUGGAAGUUAUUGACUUUUUCCUGAAAUGCACACACAGCUUAAUGGAUGUGACUGAGAGCAAAAACUGGAUGGAAAUGCGGACUAAGUUAUAAAAACUGUGUGCUUAAUAACUGAACACAUGUAUACACUUUAUUUUAAUAUGUGUAGCAUGGAUGUAAUCAAGAAAUCAGUGUAUUUAGACCUUUAGCACAUCCAUAUCUAGCACAGUUAAAAUAUGGCAUUGCAUUUGUCCAUCAUUCCUAAAGCCAGCAAUAGGAGAUUUGCAGCACAGAAAUACAUACUUGCAAGUACAUAAAGUAAAACGGCAAACAAAGUUCUCAUUUCUUGAGACAAUUAUAAUAGUUGGUCAAAAUAACUUUCAAAACGUCACAUGUUGAAUUUGUAUAUCUUCUUUCAAAUAUAUUUUUUCUCUGCUCCAAAUCUCCCAAGUGUUUGAUCAGAAAUGAAGCACAAACGGCAUAUAUAGAUGCUAACAUAAGGAUCUGUUAUUGUCACAAGCUAACAUGUUGCGCUAGAAGCUGAACCACUACACAGUCUCCAAUUCCUGAUUCAUCAACCCUGCUUCUGCACAGAUCAAGUGACUGGAUUACCUGAAGUAGCUUGACCAUUAUAAUGCCUUACUCAUCAUAGUUCUCUCAUUCUUUUUGGGGUUUUGUGUUUACAGUUUUGCAUGAAUGAAGAACAUUAUAUAAGUUAUUGUGAGGAUUGCUCAGAUGGAGUAGUGUGAGUUUGACGUUGUUAUCGUCUCAACAGCUGAACUCUGACUUUCCUCUUGUAUGUUGUACAUCAUGAUAUUUUUGAAUUGCUUUGGGAAUCUGGCAAAACUUACACAACCCUUUUUCUCUUAUAAUUCAUUUUUACAGGAAUGAGAAUGCAUGUUAAUAAUUAUAUACUUGUUCUUUGGAUUUUUUAAAUAUUUUCCCUCUUAGAUGUUUUAGCCAUUGUUUAUUCUCAUAGACUGACUGCAUCCGAAUCAGUGCCUUAUGUAAUGAAAGAGAGAGCAUGUGUAUGUGCAGGAGUGAUUCACACUCACAUGGACCACUUGGUCUCAGCACAUUGUGUGUGUGUGUGUGUGUGUGUGUGUGUGUGUGUGUGUGUGUGUGUGUGUGUGUGUGUGUGUGUGUGUGUGUGUGUGUGUGUGUGUGUGUGUGUGUGUGUGUGUGUGUGUGUGUGUGUGAAAUAAUACAUGUAUAGGUUUGAAUGCGAUGUGUGAUUUGACUUGGAGCACAGUUCCAUACCAGCAAAAAACAUUUUAAAAGGAUUUCCUAAUCACCUGCUGUUCUAUUCCACCCCCCUCUCAUGAGCUAAACCAAUGAUUCAAUGUGAUUUGCUGCUUCCCUGUUAAUAAUUCUCCCGUAUAAUGACAGUUUCACAAAGCCCUAUAAUCUCUCCUCAUCUGCCUCUAUCACAAGUGUUGCCUCCCCAGAGUCUGAGCUGAACGCCUCUCUCCUCUGUUUGUCUUUGAAUGGCGUCUUCAUCACUCAGAGAAAGAGAGCGCUCAGUUCUUUUAUAGCAAGUGUAUGUUUAUCAAUAAAAUAUUUUAAAUGGGA